AUGGCUCGCCCCCCUAUAGCACCGGCGCCAGAGAAUAUUAUUGUGCAAACCAGGGCACCUGAGGUCAAGACAGGAUUGAACACGUCGAAAAAAUGGGAGUUGCCCCCCCGGCCGAAGCCAGGUCGGAAGGCAAAGCCGCGGGCGUCACCUUGCCAUGGCCACAAAACGCAUAACCAUGGCGGUGGGGAAGACGACCACUGUGGGAUCUGUACAAAGGAGUCUGGGUGUAUUUGUGCAGAGGUUGGGCUACGACCGGCGCCUCCGAGUGAUCAUUUCAGUCCUGCUAGCACUCUCCCGACUCCAAAAGAGAUCGACUUUAGUAACUUUGAGGUAAAACAGGCUGUACCUCUAAACCGGGUGUCCAAGUCGAGGAAUAGUGUGUCCAAGUUUGCAAAGCUCCCCGAAAUACAACCGCCCACCCUUGAUCUCCCAGAUUCGAAAUGUGGGUUUUGUACAGACCACACCCCUUGCAUUUGUACCGGUGAGGGGUUGAAAGAAGAAGCGACAGAGUCGGCACCAGCAGGAGCAUGCGAGGAGUGUGCCAAGGAUUCUUUCUCAAUGCUGUUCUGCCUAGGGUUGUCCUCCAGCCAGCCGUUGCCUGCAAACGUCCCCUCGAUCUCUUGCACGUCUGCAUAUAAGACCCUGAAAAGCCAUCGAAACUAUGAAAAGUCAGAUAUGGGCCAUUUGGUGACUCUUUUACAGUCGAGCGACCGUAAGGUAGGUCUCCAGAGCAUCAACGAGGCACUAAAGUACCUGAACACCCUGUAA